AUGAUCCAUGACAGGAAUACAGUGUCCCCAGCACCUACGGAGAGCACGGUCUAUGGGAAUGGACACAAUGGGACCAGGUGCUUCGCAGAACAUGUCCCUGAAAUCGUCACCGGUAGCAUCACGCUGCUCAUCUGCCUGUGCGGGCUGGUGGGGAACGCGGCCAUCCUCUGGCUCCUCGGCUUCCGCAUCCGCAGGAACCCCUUCACCGCCUACCUCCUGAACCUGGCCGUCGCCGACACCUGCUUUCCCUUCUGCACGUCAGCUUUCCUUGUGAUAUAUCAUAUGCCCAUGCUCAGCUGCUUCCAGCCGGCACUUUUGCGGGUGCUGCCGCUAUUUCACUCCAUGGUUCUGCUGACGUACAGCACCAGCCUCUAUCUGCUCACGGCCAUCAGCGUGGAGAGGUGUGUGAGUGUCCUCUGGCCCUUCUGGUGCCGAUGCCACCGCCCGAAGCUCCUGUCGGCCAUCAUGUGCAGCCUGCUGUGGGCCCUCGCCUGUGUCCUUGCUGGGCUGGUGUACUUUGUGUGUGACCUGGUUCUUUCCAACGUGAUCCUCUUCAUCAAGCUUAGACGUAGCUCUUGGCAACACCACCCGGCGAGGCUGUACACUGUCAUCUUCCUUGCCGUUUUCUUCUUCAUCCUCUUUGGCAUCCCGCUCAGUGUCCAGAUCUUCCUCAACUUCUUUGUCUACAUUAAUUUUGUCUUUGAGAUCUGCCUGUUGCUGGCCUCUUUCAACAGCAGCAUCAAUCCGGUUAUUUACGUCCUGGUUGGGAGCUACGGGAAGUCCAAGUUCAGGGGAUCCGUCAAAGUGGCUCUUCAGAGGGUCUUUGAAGAUAGAGCAGAUUCCCAAGAGCGGAAACCCGUCUCCGUCCGGCUGACGGAUCUGGCGGCACCAGUCAGCAGCCAAACCUCCACCCCGCCGAGGGGGUUCAACCGGCAAGGGACAGGCAAAGACACGCUGGCCGCAGUCUGA